CCGUCUCGCUUCCUCUGUGUGCUGCGGGACGCUGAGAAAGAGAGAGAGAGAGAGAGAGAGAGAGAGAGACACACACACACAAGCCGGCUACGGUGGCGGCGGCGGCUCAAGCCGCGCAGGAGGCGAAAGGUGGCGCCCAAGAUGGCGGCACACCUGAAGAAGCGGGUGUACGAGGAGUUCACCAAAGUGGUGCAGCAGCACGAGGAGCCGGCGGCCAAGAAGCUGCGCCUGGCCAAGCCCAGCAAGUCGGCGGCGCUGCACGUGGACCUGUGCAAGGCCGCCUCGGCCGCCGACGCGCUGCAGCACCUGCUGCACUUCGCCCGCCAGCCCGUGGAGGCCGAGAGCGUCGAGGGCGUCGUCCGCAUCCUGCUAGAGCACUACUACAAGGAGAAUGAUACCUCUGUAAGAUUAAAGAUUGCUUCCUUGCUGGGUUUGCUAUCAAAAACGGCAGGAUUCUCUCCAGACUGCAUUAUGGAUGAUGCCAUUAAUGCGCUUCAAAAUGAAAAGUCCCACCAAGUUCUUGCUCAGCUGCUGGACACGCUGCUGGUGAUUGGAGCUAAACUCACGGAGAAUGCAGCUGUCAGAAUGAGACUGGUAGAUGUAGCCUGCAAGCAUCUGACAGACGCUUCCCAUGGUGUACGAAACAAGUGCCUCCAGCUAAUAGGCUAUCUUGGAUCUGUGGAAAAAGGUGUUACAAAAGAAGCAGAAAGCCAAGCUACUAAGGAUGUCCAGAAGAUCAUUGGGGACCACUUCAGUGACCAGGACCCACGUGUUAGGACUGCAGCUAUAAAAGCUAUGCUGCAGCUGCAUGAAAGAGGAUUAAAAUUGCAGCAGACUAUUUACAGCCAGGCUUGCAAACUGCUCUCAGAUGAUUAUGAACAAGUGCGCAGUGCCGCAGUUCACUUGGUAUGGGUCCUCAGUCAGCUGUAUCCAGAAAGCAUUGUCCCAAUUCCAUCUUCCAAUGAAGAAAUCCGCCUAGUGGAUGAUGCAUUUGGAAAAAUUUGUCACAUGGUCAGCGAUGGCUCAUGGGUUGUUAGAGUGCAAGCUGCUAAACUGUUGGGAUCUAUGCAGCAAGUGAGUUCCCAUUUCUUAGAACAGACACUUGACAAGAAGCUGAUGUCUGAUCUGAGGAGGAAGCGAACUGCACAUGAACGAGCCAAAGAACUCUACAGCUCUGGGGAGUUUUCAAGUGGCAGAAAAUGGGGAGAUGAUGCCCCCAAAGAAGAAAUAGACACGGGUGCUGUGAACUUGAUUGAGUCGGGAGCUUGUGGGGCCUUUGUCCAUGGCCUGGAAGAUGAGAUGUAUGAGGUUCGGAUUUCUGCAGUCGAGGCUCUCUGUAUGCUGGCUCAGUCUUCACCUUCUUUUGCAGAGAAAUGUCUUGAUUUUCUAGUAGACAUGUUUAAUGACGAGAUUGAAGAGGUGAGAUUGCAGUCGAUACACACCAUGAGAAAGAUCUCCAACAACAUCACUCUACGAGAAGACCAGCUUGAUACUGUGCUGGCUGUCUUGGAGGAUUCCUCCCGAGACAUUCGGGAAGCACUUCACGAGCUACUCUGUUGCACCAAUGUUUCUACGAAAGAAGGCAUCCACCUUGCACUUGUGGAGCUACUGAAAAACCUAACCAAGUAUCCUACUGACAGAGAGUCCAUUUGGAAAUGCUUGAAGUUCUUGGGAAGCAGACAUCCAACUCUGGUGCUUCCACUGGUCCCAGAGCUCUUGAGUACACACCCGUUUUUCGACACGCCAGAGCCAGAUAUGGAUGACCCAGCCUAUAUUGCUGUUCUUGUCCUCAUUUUUAAUGCUGCUAAAACUUGUCCAACAAUGCCAGCGUUGUUCUCAGAUCACACCUUUAGGCACUAUGCCUAUCUUCGUGACAGUCUCUCUCAUCUUGUCCCUCCAUUGAGAUUGCCAGGUAGAAAGCUGGUGUCCUCCCCUGUGUCCCAGAGUGUUACACCACAUGAAGAUCCUUCCCAGCAGUUCUUGCAGCAGAGUCUUGAGCGAGUUUACAAUCUUCAGCACUUGGACCCACAGGGCACACAGGAACUGCUCGAAUUCACCAUAAGUGACCUCCAGAGGCUUGGAGAACUGCAGUCAGAACUGGCAGGGUUGGCAGACUUCACUGCAACUUACCUUCGGUGUCAGCUGCUUCUCAUCAAGGCCCUUCAGGAAAAACUGUGGAACGUGGCGGCUCCUCUGUACCUGAAGCAGAAUGCAUUGGCAUCAGCAGCAGCAAGACAGAUUAUGGAAGAAACUUACAAAAUGGAGUUCAUGUACAGUGGAGUGGAAAAUAGACAAGUGGUCAUUAUUCAUCACAUGAGACUGCAAGCAAAAGCGCUACAGCUUAUAGUGACUGCACGUACCACAAGAGGAGUGGAACCCCUUUUUGGGAUGUGUGAAAAGUUUUUACAGGAAGUGGACUCUUUUCAGAGAUGUUUUAUCUCUGAGCUCCCCCACAUGCAAGGCAGUUUCGUGGAUCAGCUGCUAGACCUGAUGCCCAGGCUUGUGACCUCCAAGCCUUCAGAAGUGGUAAAAAUCCUGCAAACAACGCUACGACAAAGCGCCUUCCUUCACCUUCCUCUGCCAGAGCAGCUCCAUAAAGCUUCUGCAAAUAUCAUUGAACCUACCGGUGAGUCUGAUAACCCUUUGAGGUUCACAUCAGGGUUAGUUGUGGCUUUGGAUGUUGAUUCAACUCUGGAACAUGUGCAGGAUCCUCAGACCACAGUUAAAGUUCAGGUAUUAUAUCCAGAUGGACAGGCACAGUUAAUCCAUCCUAAACCAGCGGACUUUCGAAAUCCUGGUCCUGGAAGGCACAGAUUGAUCACUCAGGUUUACCUUUCGCACACUGCCUGGACAGAGCCAUGUCAGAUUGAAGUGAGGUUACUAUUGGCAUACAAUUCCAGUAGGAGCAAAGCUUCCACUAAAAUCUCCAAAUCCACGUGGAGCGACAGCAUGGACACUUUUCCACAGUCUGAAAGUGGCAUUGAAGGAACUAUCCCAUUCAGCAAACCAGUCAAAGUGUAUAUAAUGCCCAAACCUGCCAGACGGGCACUGGUUUGAAAACUUCAUGCAUCUGUAGCAAAAGAGCUGGUCGUCAUCUGACUGCGGGCUCAGUUCUGUUUCCAGUGGACAGGGGUUGAUGUACAUCUCUUAUCACGAAGCUGCAUCUUGGGCAGACACUUGAUGUAUUGAGCUACCUCCUUGCAGAUUUUCUUCCUCUCUGUUUACACUUUAGCAAUAUGUGUAUAGUUUGUCAUGGCAAUAAAGAUUUGUGAUCCAGUUCGUGUCCAUAUUAUACAAGCCACUACAAUUCUUCAUCUUGCUGGCAAGUGGAAAUAAACCUAAUCUGAGUGAACUGUGGAGAGUGAACUGGCUAUUCAGCCCUAGAAGUUGCUUUGGCGUUGCAGAAAGAAGCUGUAACACUGGUGGGUAGAAGAGAGAAGCCCUCACUGAUGCUACCUCUUUUCCAGUGAAACCUUGAGGUUUCAGCAUUAAUCAGAUGUCUUUCAUGAACUCUGCAUACCUGAAAAGGAAGGAAUUGUCUGGGCUCUUCUGUGACUAAAAAAAUGUUGAGCUGUGAAUAGUCACCUGGUCCAGGGCAGUAAGCCAAUCAUACUCUUCUUUCUGGAUCUUUAAAUAAAAUAAAAUGCUUUCCAUCUUUUUCCUGUUGCUCAACAUGGUCAUGAAGAUAGUCUGCUUAACCAAGGGAAAUUUGUGAUACAGUAGGCCUCAUUGGAGAAUCCAUUCUUCUGUUGGUGCCUAGUAUUAACAAUUGGCUACAUGUCAUGUAAAAUCAGACCAGAGUCUUUUAUCCUGCAUGUUGGUAAGGACUGAGAGUCAAAGCCUAGAGGAAUUUACCAAAGCACCUAAUCUGCAACUUAAGGUCAAGUUUUUGAAGGUGUUUAGACACCAGAAGUGCCUUGCCUAACAAAACUCUGGACUGGUAAGGGAUGGUUAUAUUUGCUUAUUUACUGAUUUUUAGAGUGAGGACACCAAAGGUUUGUUCUCUUGCUUCUACCUUUCCAUUCUCCUGUUUGGAUUCAAAACAUGGGCUCUUCCAUUAGCCAUGAUGUUAUCCCACAGUCAGUUUAAUCUUUGAUACUCACCUGACAUUUUCCUUUCUUUGCAUUACUCCUUGUUCAACCUACAGCCAAACUCUAGAAAUUCCUUCUUCUCCUCUUGAGUGUCUUAAUGCCAUUGAGACAGAUGAAUUAUUC